AUGAGGGUAUGCCCAGUGGAGAGCAAGAGGAGGCCCAAGUCAUCUACCUCGAAAGACAGAGCAGAGCAGGUGAGGUCAGUGCCACGAAACUUUAUCCGCCCAGCCUGGACAAUGUCUAGACGCCAGGUGAACCGUUCCAACACUUACAGUCACUUGAACCAUCCCAACCUUGUGUCCUUUCCGACCCGAACUCCAGGCUGGUCCCAGUGCCCCAAUGUGACUGGAGCGAACAGCCUUAAGCGCCUCCACCCCCUGAAUGGCUUGAAGUUCAGUGGCUGCAGCAGGCCUUCGGAGCAGUCCAAGAUCCCCAGCUGCCCCAAACUUCCUAUGAGGAGAAUCUACACGGGCCAGCCGUGCAACACCAAGUGUGCAGAGACAAGGCAUCUGGCGAACCGCCCCAAGGUGGCCCAAAAGCUCUCGGGUCGUGGCAGACCCCACUGCCUGCUCUGCACAGAUCGUCCCUCGGACCCCGCUAGCCCCACCUUCCUGGACCACCUCAUCAAAGGCAUCAACUACCUUGACAGAUCCACCGAUGCCUUUUACACCCACUGCCCCAAAGCACUAAGCCUGCCAAGGCUUGCAGCCAACUACCUAGAACGCGCUGCCAACUCCAUCCACCUGAACCACCCACACCACUCCUCCCCCCACGGUUACUUCAACACCAGCGCCAGCACGGUGCCGUCCACCAGGAGAGUCAAUGCUCUGAAGUGUGUGAGUGAUUCCAUCAACACGAGUUGCCCACAGCGGCUUCAAAGCCGGAACCUCACUACAAUGCUGCUGCAGAGGCCGGGGGUCAAGUUGCCUGAACUCCCUUUGUUUCGCAACAGGAUCUUGGGCCAUCUGCCCAAGUUCUGGGAAACAAUCCGCUCAGGCUGGGGAGCCCCCGAGCCCAUGUCUAAACCCUGUAGCUGGUGGUGA